CUUCCAUUGCCUUCAGUGCUUCAGACGAAGGAGUUAGAGAACAACCAGCUCACCCAGGAUUUGCGUUAAAGGCACCAUCCUAGACUACGUCUGUUGGUUUUGUUUGCCCAAGUCUGCCCUGGAAAUAUAAGUGGACGAUAGUUGUUUUAUUUUUUUUUUCCCCCAAAAGGGAAACGACCCCACGAUGAGUGGACCGACCUAUGACAGGAAGAUACCAGGAAUUUCAACCGAUCUUUCAGGCUCCAUGAGUUGCCAUCCGACUUCUAAGGACUCUCCGACUCUUCCAGAGUCUUCGGCUACAGAUAUGGGUUAUUACAGCAGCCAUCACGAAUACUACCAGAGUCCUCCAUACCCUCAACAGAUGAGUUCAUAUCAUCAGUUUAAUCUAUCUGGGAUAGGGGCAUCAAUAGGACCUUUUCCCACCAAGACAGAAUAUCCGUACAGCAAUACUUACAGACAAUACGGGCAUUACAACAGGGACCUACAGACGCCACCCCAAAGUGCAGUCAAAGAGGAACCAGAGACUGAAGUUCGGAUGGUAAACGGAAAACCCAAGAAAAUCCGAAAGCCGCGCACCAUUUACUCGAGUUACCAGCUCGCCGCACUGCAGCGCCGCUUCCAGAAGGCGCAAUAUCUGGCGCUCCCGGAGAGAGCUGAACUCGCUGCACAGCUGGGGCUCACGCAAACACAGGUGAAAAUCUGGUUCCAGAACCGGAGAUCCAAGUUCAAGAAGCUUUACAAGAACGGCGACGUUCCUCUGGACCACAGCCCGAACGCCAGCGACUCGAUGGCUUGCAACUCCCCUCCAUCCCCGGCCGUUUGGGACAAUAACGCGCACUCUAUCCAGGUCAACCGGGGUCAGAUCCCCCAGCCACCCCUCAGCUCCACAGCCCCCAACAUGGAAGAUUACAGCAAUCACUGGUACCAGCAGGGAUCACAUUUACAGCAUCCAGUGCACCACCUGGGACCACCACAGAGCGUGGGGGCUGUGUAUUAAAAGACACCGAUGAGAGUUUAAUAUAAGAGGGAAAAGACUCUGCAAAAUAAGCUGAGAGAUACUCCGCGAGUAUCUGGAGUGAAACAGCACGCUUGUGUUGGCAUUUUAUUGACUGUUUAAACGCAUGUUGAACGCAUAUCUGUCGAUAUGGACGAUUUAUGUGUUGCAAUAGCAGUAGUAUAUUUCCAUUGUUUCAAUGUGUCCCGGCUACUCAGACCUAUUUCAUGCACAUAGGUGUAGGUUCAACAAUGUAAAGGAAGUUAAGUGUGGUUUUAAAUUAUUGUAUUGUAUAUGGCUUCCUUUAUUUUCAUGUUUUACGAAUACUUAUAAAAAAUGAAUGAGAGAACCUCAUAUGUUGAAGUUAUCACCUAUUGCGCGCGUCAGAGACUCAGGACAUAAUUUAUAUUGUACAAAAUGUGGAAAGCUGUACAUAUGUGUUUAAAUAAAACAGAACCACUAAGUUCGCGUUCUUUCGAAAGAUAAAGACUGCACGGUGGUGCUUGAACCAUUUUAUAUUCCUGUAAGUAGUUUUAUUAUUCUGUUAAAUUGAAUAAAUGCGAUUUGAAAAUAAUUUCUUCUUUU